AUGACAGCCAUGAAGCACGCUGCAAGAAGUUAUUUCUGGUGGCCACAACUCGACACCGCCAUCGAGAACGCCGUAAGCAGCUGCCACACGUGUCAGCGCUAUGCCAAGUCUCUGCCCAGACAAUUACCACCAGUGUGGUCUCGUCCUCGCGUCGCUUGGUCUGUCCUCCACAUGGAUCUCGCAGGACCGAUUCACGGCCAAUCCUACCUUGUUGUAGUUGACGCCGUCACGAAGUGGCUCGAGGUGCGACCAGUGCCCACCGCAACAAGCUCCGCACUCAUCAACGCGCUACGUGCCAUCUUUGCCACUUUCGGACUUCCGCAACCCGUGGUCAGCGAUAAUGGUACCGCCUUCGUUUCCAGCGAGAUGAAGUCGUUCUUCAACACACACACAGCCGCAAUGGCGGAGAGGAUGGUUCAGGAGUUAAAGCGGGCCCUGAAGACAUACACCCAAGGAAGUAUUCAGUGUCGUCUGUCGAGAUUCCUCCUGAACCAGCACACCACAGCGCAUGCGAUAACCAAGGAGACGCCAGCCAAACAAAUGUUUGGAAGGGAAUUGAGGACUGCCCUGGACACAAUUCACCCGCAUUACGAGGACUCGCCCCCUGGCACCCAAGCCCAGCUUGACGACCACUUCAAGGUCUGCCAGACCGCGUGGUUCAGGACUUUCACCAAUAAUGGAAAGUGGUGCCAAGUGAAGGUCUGCAGGGAAGGUCGGCAAGCGUUCCUACGAGGGCCUCACACAGGAUGGACGACUGCUUCGUCGGCAUGUGGAUCGCAUGCGCAGGUCCUCUUCGCCGGUUGA